CUUUACAGGAGCGGAGCCAUGUGGAAUAAUGGGGUCGUGGGUUCAGCUAGGAUUACGACACUUGAUUGGAGGAAUUGUUUGUGGGGUAUCUCAGACUGUAAUUUCACUUGACAUUCCCCGACUUGCCAGCUCGACUCGACCCGACUCCUUCUCUUGAGUCGUCGCCAUGAGCAUUGACUGGUCUCUCGAGUGCUGCAAUGACAAGCAGUUCCUGUCCAUCUUCCUCAUCAUCUGUUACGCCGUCGCCAUCUUCAAACUAUGGCGCGUAUCGAUUCUUCACCCAUUCAAAAUUCUGUACGUCAUCCUUUGCAAUGCUGUCGCCGAAUGGAAGAGAAAUUGCACUAACGGGGUCUUGCGACGUGCUGUGGCUGAUGCAGAACGGUAUUCCUGCACGAACUGGGGCACGCCACAGCUGCAUGGCUCACCUGCGGCAGCGUACGACGCACUCCUUCAUUAUCACAAGUGCGACGCACUAGCUAAUGAUGCAAUUGUUGCAUGUCGACUCAGGUUAAGGGGAUGGAGGUGCACCCUGACGAAGGUGGCGUGACCAAGACCGUCGGUGGACUCCAGUGGGUCAUCCUUCCUGCUGGAUACUUGGGAUCAGCUGUGUGGGGCAUGGCGUUGACGAUUGCGAGUGCCGAUAAAACGGCGUCAGAGGUGGCAGCAGGCAUCCUCAUUUUCUUCCUACUGGUCUUCAUCUUCUACGCGCACAACGGCUACCUCCGCAUCCUGAACUUCUGCUUCAUCUUGCUGCUUGCGGGCCUAUUGGCGCUGAACAUUUGGACGACGUUCGACGCUCUCCAGUACGUGACGCUCUUCGUCGGUGUCAUGAGCUGCCUCUUCUCGGUUUAUGAUAUCUGGGAUGACCUCAUUUCCCGCCGCGUAAACGAGAGUGACGCAUCGUUCUUCGCCAAGAUGACGCACACUUCGAGUCGCUGCUGGGGAGUGAUCUGGGGUCUUAUCGCACUUGUCUCGCUCGUCGCGGCCGUGUAUUUCAACCUGCUCGUUGCAGAGGACUCUGGUGAAUCGCUCACCAACAUCUCAGAUGCCUCAGCAGGCACGAAGGUUGCACUGGCCUGUGCUGUCGUCAUUGUGGCUCUCGCUGUAGUGCACACAGGGUUCACACGGAGGUGCAUGCUGCGGAAACGCGACGGAUUCGGAAGCUACUUCGCCGCAUAACCUUAGAUAUGAUGCUGACAAUCACUACGGCAGUGUAGUCGCCCAACUGAUAAUUCUCCGGAAGAGUUUCAUUCCUGUAUCGUUAUCACCCGAGAAGCCACAAUUCCACCUAUACACCUACCUACCAAAACGCUACGGACUAAACAAAAAGCCCGCAUCUUAUAGUUCUAAGGACAUUCCAUUGUCCGCGAAAGGCUUACGAUCUUUUAUUUCGCUUUGCGACUUGACUCUGGGAACCAACCACCUUAUGAAAGAAUACCGUUUGUCAUGCGCUGGAAAUUGUCAUAUUGACGCGUGCUGUAGUUGCUGUUGCUCUUGCGGAUGAGCGACAGUACGUGCGCCACAGUCUCUUGCUUGGAUAGGGUCAGCUUGAAGCGGGAGCGUAGGCGCAAUAAAAUAUAAUCAGCGUCGAUGCCCAGGAAACACGGGUAUGGUGACUGACGUGACAUGACGUCCACAAGGUCACAGAUCUCGUCACAGUGCUGUUGGCACGCAAGGAAUCCUCGUGUGCACAAGGUAACAUACUCCUUGAAGCCCUCGGAGUCCUGGCCACCCAUGGUCUCCACCAUCUCGGCCGUCAGCUUGAAUGGGGCUGUCUCGAUGCUCAGCAUUCCACCAGGCGCGAUACCAAGUAAGAAACCAUAGUCGAUAUGGAUAAUGUGGCCUUCGUUGUCCAGCAUGAUGUUGCCGUUAUGCCGAUCCUUGAUCUGCAGGAAGUAACACACGAGCGAGUAUCCAGCCAUAGACUGAAUAAACUUCCGCUGCGCUGCCUUGAAUCGGCGCGAGUCAGGUGGUCCAUAGGAUUUCUCGAAGUGAUGCAGCAGCGAAACGUAACCUUCACGUUUCUUCAGCCCAUCCAGCGAAAUUGCGUUGAUCAGAGUCUCAAUCAGUCCAGUUGACGAACUCGUAGCGAUGAUGCGGUAUCUCUUCACCCACAUGGGCAGAUUCGCUCCCCUGAAUAUUUCAACGAACUUCUGAAUCAACUGCAGCGUAAAUACCUCCUGACGAAGAUCAUCGUUACUCUUGCCAAUCAUGGACACGAUGUCCCAUCCGGGUAAGUGGCCGUACGGCGAUGCAGCCAUCAGCCUCGCUCGCUUUGAGCUCCAGGACUCUCCGAAAGCUGCUUCAAAAUCCCUGCGGCGAGCCUUCUCGCGCUCAAUUGCUUCUGCGGUCAAGUUGCCCGAUGCCAAGUCCAUCUCCAGCGGUGUCGAAGGUUGUCCCUCUACUAUCACUCCGUCCACAGUCGUGUUAUUUGCCGCUUUUUCGAUAGGCUGCAUGAGCACCGGUGGAGCCGUUGACGGCGUUGACACAAUGUCAGGGACGUCAAUGGGGGUCUCAGGAACAGGGGCACGACGAGGCACGGCGACAGGAGUUUGGUACGGUUCAGGAGCAGGGGGAGGGAUAAUUGUUUCCGCUUGGACUUCCUCCGCGUCUUGAGCAUCACCAGCAAAAGCUUCACUAGCCUGGUGCCCAAUCAACUGACCAAUUUCAUCAUCCUCGAUGUAGUUGACUUCCGAAGAUUCAAGCGCACCGCUACCAGUUAGGUUCUGUCGUGAUGGCGACCGUGGUGAUUGCGGGAGUGAGGCAUCGCACUGUUGUUCAUCGUCAAAAGGGUUGCCGCGAAUCACCUCAAAAAUCAGCAAAAUAGGGACACGAGCUUUUGUCGAGAACGCGGUUCCUUCCUUCGUGGGUAUCCGCACGAUACGCUCAAAAGGGUCCGUGGCUUUCACCAGCGGCACAUACGCCAUAGGUGGCAGAUGCAGUUUCUCUAAAUACGACGGCAACUGGGCCUUCCGGUCCUGAAUAGACGGCACAAAACGCAGCGCCUCAGCGAUAUCCGUGAUCUGCUCCACGAAGUCACAUUCGUCAGCAAAAUGCUUUGCCAGCAGGGACUUGUCUGUCUGGCUCAGGCGUCGCAUAGACUCACUGAAAAUACUGGUUGGUUGGUUAUCAGUAUCCUCCUCUUCAAGAAUGGACAACCGCUCGUCUUGCUCGUAGUCGUCACCUGUAGGGUGCGUCAGCAACAUGGAGUCAAGGUCUUCCUUUGGCGUGAGCAAAUGCUGUUGAAAGCGCGAAAAGUCACGAAAUCGGCUGUCCACGUCUCCAUCUAGCGAGCCAUUACGGUCCGAUCCGUUCCUCGCCAUAGGCGGUGAGAUGGGUGAGUAAGAAUCCAUGCCUGCCGGCGAGCCACUUGCACCAGAGAUACUGUGCGCUUGUCGACGGUGGAUUGCAAUCUCCUCUGUCAGCUUUACGAUAACUUGCAACUGGUCAUCUGUUGGCAUCGGCAGAUUACGCUUGUGCACCUGCGACGCUUCGUGCUGGGGAUCACGGCUGAGCACAGUGGCACGGUCUACACCUGCAACUUCACGCUCAAUCUCCACCAUCAACCGUACCACACGCGCGUAUUUGUCCUGCAUCUCCUUGGGUUUUCUUGGAUCAAACGAGUCUUCGAGUGCGCCUUGAAGUUGCCAUCGAAGAAGAAGCGCGAGGUGAAUGGAGCGCGAACAUACCGACAAAAUGAGCUCAUCCAGCCAGAAAAUCUUCUCGAAGUCAAAAUUCGGAAUCGAUAGAUAUGCAUGAACGAUCUGAGGCCAGUAGAACUCCACUUGGUUGAUGCGCGUAUACGAAAAGUGAAGCAGUUUCUCCACAAUCGGUUUGAACAACAAAGGGUCACUAUCGAGGUGACGAUGCAGUAAAAUCACAGCUCGGUACACGCUAAAGCUACGUGCACGGAACUCGCGAUGCAGACCCAAGAUCUUCAGGUCUAGCGGGAUUUCUGGAUGGUCCAUUGUGUGAUCAUAAAAGCGUCGAUCCUUCAGCAAGAUCUCCUCGCAUUCUUCUGCGGUAAUCACCUUUGCCUUCAGCAGGUCGAUAGCAAUCUUCGCUGACUCAGUCUGUAGUGGUCGCUUGGGCAUAAUCAGCUCAAUCGGAGCCUCGGGAUUCAAUGGCUUUGGGUACAAGCAGAUCCCCGCCUUUAGUCGCUCCACCAUCGCCCGUAAGUAGUUGAUGUAAUUCUGCGCCUCAUAACAACGGUCACACACGCGCUUGGCGUAGUAGUGCGAUCUCUGCGGGAGCGGGACCUUGUGCGUCGUAAACUUAUCACAAUACAGACCGUCACAACUGUUGC